UCUCUGGAUAUCUGAUUGUCUAAAGAUUGUUGUUAGUUGUUUUCCAAGAAUAUAUCCUUUCCUGAUGUUAUACAAUUAACACUGGAAUGCUUACACUUGUUUACUUUGCAGUCCUAAAGCCUGGCUGUUAAUUUGAUAAGUUAUGCUGCCUUAUGUUUACCCUGGAAAGUCUCAUAUAGAUAUUCUUGCAGUCAGGUGAUGAACAUACGAGCUCCAAAGCACUUGCUAAUAUGCUCACAUCAAACCGUGGAAUGUCCUUUUUCCUUUCUUCUUUAUUCUACUUGUUUCUCUGCUCUUAUUCCCUCUCAUCUUUGUUUUAUUCUCAGCAUUUUCUCCUUUAAGUAUGCUGUUUGUCAGAAAGUUAUGUUCAGCAAAAAAUAAAGGUGGAAGAGUGUUGCAUUUCAUGGGUGCCUUGGAUCUGACCGUUCAAGUGUAUAACAUUUCUUCUAGAGCAACGAAGGAAGACUUGAUAACCUUCUUCUCAUAUUGCGGUAAUAUUGAUGAGAUUCAGCUUCAAGGCAGGGAUGGAGAUGGGUCACAGUUGGCGGUCGUGACUUUCAAGCAGCCUUAUGCCUUUAAGACAGCUCUUCUAUUGAAUGAUGCUAUACUAAUAGAUCGACGAGUUUGCAUAUCGCCCUUGGAGAAGGAUAUUGUCCCAAUUAUUUUUUGCUUUUCGGAGAGAGAGCAGACCCAGGGAACAACAACAAAAGUAGCAACACGCCGAGGGCAUGAAAUUCUGAGCAAGGUAAGUGAUAAAGUGACUGAUAAGGUGACUGGUAUCGGUAAAACAUUGGCGAAACAAGCAAGCACAGCCAUGCUUUCAGCAGAACAGACUGUUGGCAGUGUGGGAUCUACUAUUAGCAAUAGCAGCUACUUCACUACGAGCACUCUUUGGCUCUCCAAUGCGCUUGGCCGUGCAGCGAAGAGUGCGGUGCAGCUCGGCCAUGGCAAAGCUAGGCAUCAAAGCUCAGGGAAGAAAAAAUAGUGAAGUUUCCCAGAUAUGCAUGCUAGCAUUCUUUAAAGUGAAGGCAAAGCUAAUAAGUUGUAUCGGAAAGUAAACGGUAAACGAUACAGGCGCCAAGUUUACUGUAAAAAUAAGAUGCUUCCAAUAUGGUUUUUAUUCAACAAGUAGUGAAGUCAAAUGUGUGCAAAUGUUGAAGUAGCAUGUUUUUUGGCUGCCAAAUUCACUCACUAGAUAAGAGUAUACAAAGAG